AUGCUACUGUCUCGGAAUCUGCUGGUUUGCUUUCUUUCUUUCUUUCUUUCUUUCUUUCUUUCUUUCUUUCUUUCUUUAUACGCCAAUCUGCUCAUAUCAAUCGAUUUAUGCUUAGAUUGUACAUUCUCAUUGCUAUCUAUCUAUCUAUCUAUCUAUCUAUCUAUCUAUCUAUCUGUCUGUUGCCUGUAUAUCUAUUUCAGCUGCUAUCUAUCUAUCUAUCUAUCUAUCUAUCUAUCUAUCUAUCUAUCUAUCUAUCUAUCUAUCUCUUGCCUGUAUAUCUAUUUCAGCUUCUAUCUAUCUAUCUAUCUAUCUAUCUAUCUGUCUGUCUGUCUGUUGCCUAUCUAUCUAUCUAUUUCUGUUGCCUGUAUAUCUAUUUAUAUCUAUCUAUCUAUCUAUCUAUCUAUCUUUCUUCUCUAUCUAUCUAUCUAUCUGUAUCUACUUAAUAUCGCUUUCUUUUCUUCCUUUUGUCUAUCAAAUAUUAAUGGAUGCGUGCGUGUAUUAGGAUCCUGUUUCGAUCUAUCUAUCUAUCUAUCUAUCUAUCUAUCUAUCUAUCUAUCUAUCUAUCUAUCAUACAAAGAAAAAAGUGAGAAAACGAAAAGGUGCUUCACUUUUCUUUCUUUAAUCAUUUCAUCUAUUUUUUCUUUCUGUCUCUCUUUCUUUCUUAGCUUCUUUUUUUUUUCAAUCAUUUCAUCUAGUUCUUCUUCUUCCUUUUUUUGCUUAUUUUUCAGAUUCUCUUCGUUUCUUUCUCCCUCUUUUUCUUUCUUCCUUUCAUUUAAUAUUGAUUUCGUCUUCUUGUACUUUUAUUGUUUCAUUCCUGUCAUCUUUCAUUCGCUCAAUUUUGUCAGUUUUAUUUCAACAUUUAUCUUUUCACCUUUUCCUUUCUUUUUUCACCGUUUGAUUUCCUUUUAUUUCUUAUUCACUUUUAUCUUUAUGAAAUCUCUUCUUCCUUUUCUUUUUUCUUUCUUUCUUCCUUUUAGUCCUUCUAUCUCUUUCUUUAUUUCUUUCUUUCUUUGUUUUCCUAGCUCAUAUUCUUAUUCAUUCCUUUAUUUCACUUUCUUGAGAAAUUUCACAGAUGUAAAUGAAAAUACUUAA